AUUCUGUUGCUCCAUUCCCAUUUACAGAUAUCAAUAGAACGCUUUCCUGCCUUUCCUUCCAUUUUUCCAGAUUAUUUAUGUCACGUGCAGGUUAACUGGCUGCAUGCCAGUUUGCAGAAUUUGCAUUUGAGCAAAUAAACAUGAAUCAUUUUUUGAUAUGAAGCAAUUAUUUGAUGCAGUUUAACUAUCUAGGUCCAUUUGGCAGUGGUUGCCUCGGUGUAAUGUGCACUGCAUUGUGAAUUACCUGACUCUGUGACACAGUCCAAUAGCAGUGAUUUCUGCUGUAAUAACAAUCUUGCAGACAGAUCAGACCUGACAUUCUUGAAAACUGCUUAACACUCUCCUGCGUGGCUUAUUGAUGGUGGCUGUUUUUUGUCUUACAAGCUGUUGAACAAAUGGCAGACAUUUAACUUACUUCUGAAUAUGUAAUGUUAAAUGUAUUGUACAGGAAUAUUUAUCUGGUUACACAGUGAGUGGCUCUGUGAGACUGCCUCUGCUGUGUGGAAUGAUUUAUGUAGGCACAAUUGGAUGAAUAAAUAGCUCAUGGAUAAGAUUUUGACAUAAGGCUUUACUAUCUGUUUAAUAUAAAUGUGGUUGUGAAAGUGGCUAGCUAGAUCCUCUUUUGUUUUAACCAAUGUGUAACUGUUACUGCUGAGUCCCAUACUGGCCAUAAAAACGUUAUCAUUCACGUGCUGGGUCCAACUAAAGACUGCCAGACAAUACAGUUCAGCACCACUAAGUUAGUGUUGGGAACCAACCCAUGUAUGGAAGCAAAAGCGGAAAAUUACAGAUAAGCUCAGACAGAGUUAUGCAAACCAUGUUUAGAGACACUUAAAGGACAAGAAUCUUCCCUGAUGCCCGACUUAAAUUUAGAGAAGCUACUGCAUGCUGCCUUUUUCCACAAAGCUCCCAACGGCUGCAGGAACUCUCCUAAGAUUGAGGCUGGACUCGUGCCGAGGGCCACCAUGGUGGGUUCGUGGACGAAUGCUGGGUGUCUGCUGGCCGUCUUGUUCAGCUGCCUUCAGCAAGGAGAGGCUGAUAUAGGCGACGCUAACAACUCCGACUGCACCGGCACGUACAAGUGCAAGGAGGGCGUGAUCCUGCCCAUUUGGUACCCGCAGGACCCGUCGGUGGGCGACAAGGUGGCCCGGGCCAUCGUCUACUUCGUGGCCAUGAUCUACAUGUUCCUGGGCGUGUCGAUCGUGGCCGACCGCUUCAUGUCGUCCAUCGAGGUGAUCACGUCGCAGGAGCGGGAGAUCACGGUGAAGAGGCCGAACGGCGAGACGACCACCACCACCGUGCGCCUGUGGAACGAGACCGUGUCCAACCUGACGCUGAUGGCGCUCGGCUCGUCCGCCCCGGAGAUCCUGCUGUCGGUGAUCGAGGUGUGCGGCCACGGCUUCCACGCCGGCCAGCUGGGCCCCAGCACCAUCGUGGGCAGCGCCGCCUUCAACACCUUCGUUAUCAUCGCCAUCUGCGUGUACGUGGUGCCCGACGGCGAGGUGCGCCGCAUCAAGCACCUGCGGGUCUUCUUCGUCACGGCCGCCUGGAGCAUCUUCGCCUACGCCUGGCUCUACCUCAUCCUGGCCGUCAUCUCGCCCGCCGUCGUCGAGCUGUGGGAGAGCCUGCUCACCUUCGUCUUCUUCCCCAUCUGCGUGCUCUUCGCCUGGGUGGCCGACCGCCGCCUGCUCUUCUACAAGUACAUGUACAAGAAGUACCGCGCCGGCCGCCACCGGGCCGUCAUCAUCGAGUGCGAGGGGGAGAGGCCGGAGAAGGCGGACAUCGAGAUGGACGGCAAGGUGCUCAACUCUCACCACCACCACUCGGCCUCGGCCGCCGCCAUCGCCGGAGGGGAAGACGACGGCGGCGGCGGCGGUGGCGGCCUCCCCGACUCCUCCAGCACCGCCGUCACGGUGACGGGCAAGGAGCAGCAGGAGGAGGAGCAGCGGCGGGAGAUGGCGCGCAUCCUGAAGGAGCUGAAGCAGAAGCACCCCGACAAGGAGAUGGAGCAGCUGCUGGAGCUGGCCAACUACCAGGUGCUGAGCCAGCAGACCAAGAGCCGCGCCUUCUACCGCAUCCAGGCCACCCGCCUGAUGAUCGGCGCCGGCAACGUCCUCAAGCGGCACGCCGCCGACCAGGCCCGCAAGGCCGUCUCCAUGCAGGAGGUGAGGCCCGAGGUGGACGAGGGCCCGGUCAGCCGCGUGUACUUCGAGCCGGCCGCCUACCAGUGCCUGGAGAACUGCGGCUCGGUGGCGCUCACCGUGGUGAGGCGGGGCGGCGACCUGACGCGCACACUCACCCUCGACUACCGCACCGAGGACGGCACGGCCAACGCCGGCUCCGACUACGAGUUCACCGAGGGCUGCCUGGUGUUCAAGCCGGGCGAGACGCAGCGGGAGAUCGUGGUGGGCAUCAUCGACGACGACAUCUUCGAGGAGGACGAGAACUUCCGCGUGCACCUCACCAACCUGAGGGCGGGAAGCCCAACGGCCGCCGGCCCAACCGCCGCGCGCGCGCACUCGCCCAAAGCCGGCGCGGGGGCGGGGCCCGCCUCCGUCGCCGGGGCAACGCAGGCGUCCGCCGCCGGAGUGACGGGCGAGGCGGCCAACGAGGCGUCGUCCGCCUCCAACGUCACCACCAGCACGGUUUUGGCGGGAACCAAUCACUCGGCGGGGGCGGGGGCGGGCGGCGCCUCCGGCGCGUGCGCGCUGGCCGACGUCGCCUGCCUGGCCGAGCCCAGCACGGCCAACGUCACCAUCUUCGACGACGACCACGCGGGCAUCUUCAACUUCGAGGAGCGGGUGGUGCACGUGAGCGAGAGCGUGGGCGUGAUGGAGGCGCGCGUCCUGCGCUCGUCGGGGGCGCGCGGCGCCGUGCUCGUGCCCUACCACACGGCGGAGGGCAGCGCGCGCGGCGGCGGCGAGGACUUCGAGGACACGGCGGGAGAGCUGCAGUUCGACAACGACGAGAUCGCCAAGACAAUAGAAAUCAGAGUAAUUGAUGAUGAGGAAUAUGAAAAAAACAAGAACUUCUUCAUUGAGAUUGGGGAGCCACGCUUGGUGGAGAUGAGUGAGAAGAAAGCCUUGUUAUUGAGUGAGCUAGGACCCUUCACAAAAACAGCAAAGCACUUCAGUGGUCAUGCUCUCUACAGGAAGGUUCAAUGUAGGGACAAUCCAAUUCCAUCGACUGUCAUCUGCUUUGCAGGGAAUGCUGAAGAUAAAGCCAUAACAAACAAAGAUGAGGACGAGAAACGCAUCGCGGAAAUGGGCCGCCCUGUGCUCGGAGAAAACAGCAAGUUGGAAAUCGUAAUCGAAGAGUCUUAUGAAUUUAAGAAUACAGUGGACAAACUGAUCAAAAAGACCAACUUAGCCUUGGUUGUUGGGACGCACAGUUGGAGGGAUCAGUUUAUUGAAGCUAUCACUGUGAGUGCUGGGGAAGAUGAUGAUGACGACGAAUGUGCUGAGGAGAAACUUCCUUCGUGCUUUGAUUAUGUAAUGCACUUUCUGACUGUCUUCUGGAAAGUUAUUUUUGCAAUUGUACCUCCUACGGAGUACUGGAAUGGUUGGGCCUGCUUUGUUGUAUCCAUUAUAAUGAUUGGCCUCCUAACUGCUGUUAUUGGUGACUUGGCUUCACACUUUGGCUGCACCAUUGGACUGAAGGACUCAGUAACUGCUGUGGUGUUUGUAGCACUGGGAACCUCUGUUCCAGAUACCUUUGCCAGCAAGGUAGCUGCAAUUCAAGACCAGUACGCUGAUGCUUCUAUUGGUAAUGUGACCGGGAGCAAUGCUGUGAAUAUUUUCUUGGGAAUAGGAGUGGCGUGGACUGUUGCAGCAAUCUAUUGGAAUGCUCAGGGAAAGGAUUUUGAGGUGCAGCCUGGAAACCUUGCCUUUUCCGUCACGCUCUAUACCAUAUUUGCUUUCAUAAACUUUGGUGUGUUACUGUACCGAAGGAAGCCGGAGAUUGGUGGCGAGUUGGGAGGACCACGGACUGCCAAGCUUGUAACCACAGCACUCUUCACUCUGCUUUGGUUGUUGUACAUCUGUUGCUCAUCUCUGGAGGCCUAUUGCUAUAUAACGGGCUUCUAACAAAACAAAAAAAAAAAACGGGGGAAAAACAAAACAAAAAAAUCGACAGAACGUGAAGAAAAUGUAGUGUUUCACUUGCCUGAUGAUGGAAUGCUAACUUCUGAGAGCAUUCUUGUUGCUGGCCAGAAGUGGAUCUUAUCGUUCCACCUGCAGGGGCAUCGUUAACAAUAAAGGCUAUACGAGUGUAGGGCUUGGUCUGCUGCUGUGCAGAGUGGUUAUACCAAAUGGUAAAAUAUUUUUUAUUGAGUAUAAAGAGAGCCUAAAAUAAUAUUGAUGGCACUUGUACCCCCCCAGUAGCAUGCCCUCAUCCAUUCAUGGAAUGAUGCCUCUGUACUAAAUUGACUGUUUGAGAUCAAGUCGCAUAACACAAAAAAAAAAAGAAAUGACUGUCCCGUUAAUUAGUUUUGUUUUGGUAUC